AUGUCAUUUUCGUUGGGUUUACCAGAUCCAGCCUUUUGGACUCUUCCUAAGGGCACAACUCCGCUUCCCCCAUCUCCUUUCCAAUCGGAAUGGUUGACCAACGUUUUUGAAGUGUCCAUGAAGGUGAGAACUCCGUUGACAAUUGCGGUGGUAUACUUCUCCUUUGUUCAUUUCGUCAAUCCAUAUGUCAUUAAGAGACAAUUGCGCAAGGCUGGACUUAAGGAAAAGAACGAGCAGAAGAUGGACCCGAAACAGUUGAAGAAACUCAAGCCAGCGCCGUUCAAGAUCGCGACGCAGCCAUGGUUCAAGCUCUUUGUUCUCUUGCACAACAUUUUCCUCUGUGUCUACUCGGUAUGGACGUUUUUCGCCAUGCUCAACUCUUUUGGCCGCACAAUGGAGAAGAUCCGCAACGAAAUCCCAUCUGUGUCGUCUUUGAGCACGUUUGUUCAUGCUGUGUGUGAUGCCGAACGUGGUGUGUUUGAGCAUCUUCCCAAAGAACAUAACUUGACGCUCAUUGGCUGGUGGUUUUACAUGUCCAAGUUUUACGAGGUCAUUGACACCAUUGUGAUUUUGUUGAAGGGCCGUCCUUCGAGUCUUUUGCAAAGUUAUCAUCAUGCGGGCGCCAUGAUGUGUAUGUGGUCUGGAAUCCGCUUCCAGUCGCCGCCAAUCUGGAUUUUCGUCGUGUUCAACUCGUUCAUUCAUUCGUUGAUGUACUUCUACUUCACAUUGGCAUGCUUGCGUAUCAGGGUUCCGCUCAUUGUGAAGCGUGUCUUGACCUCGAUGCAAAUAACCCAGUUUGUUGUUGGCGGCCUGUUGGCCAUUGUUCACGCUUUUGUGUGGUAUGUCGAUCCAAAGGAUACCUCUUUCCGCAACUGUAUCCCAUCUUCGGAUCAAGCAUUACCUUUGGUGAUCAAUGUCUUAUACUUGACUCCAUUGACGGCGUUGUUUGCUGCUUUCUACAUCGAGAGCUACAUCAAGAGAAAGACCGCUUAA